AUGGACGAAGCGUAUUUAAAGUACUGUAACAGUAAAGGAAUGAUGCUCUCAUCUUCUCUCCCGGCUUCCAACGCCGGCAGCCCGGAAAUCUCCGGCCAUAAAAGAAGUCGCCUAGGACAAGAAGAGCCUCCUGAUGCGGGAGACAUGGUGAUGGAUGGGACGGAGGCGCCCAAGAUGUCUUUCAAAGAUUCCCUAUUGGGCAACUCAAAUGGAACAGUGCCGAACACAGGCUUUGAAGAAGACGAUCAGUUCGUCAUUGGAGACGAUGAUGUAACUCGGGUUUUUGAUGAUAUUGGACCUAAAAUAGUUUUCAAGGAACGAAUCAUGAGUCUAGUGGAGAAAAGCAUGGAAUCGACGGUGGUGGUAAAGCUUCUUGGCAGAUCAAUCAGCUACAAUGCCCUGCAAAACCGAUUAUGGGCCAUCUGGAAGCCAAAAGGUCAGUUGUUUAUGAUGGAUUUAGAUAAUGACUACUAUCAAAUCCGCUUCAAUAAUUUGGAUGAUUAUAAGCAUGCCCUUUCAGAGGGUCCAUGGACUGUGUAUGGCCAUAACCUCACCAUACAACCAUGGUCAAUUGAUUUCAACCCCCUGCAUCCCCAUCCGACCAGCGUAGUGGCCUGGAUCCGCAUCCGAAGCGUUCCAGGGGCUCUGUAUAAGGCUAAUCUUGUGGUUGCCAUAGGAGAGAUGAUCGGCAAGGUGGUUAAAAUAGACCCGAACACGAGCGCAGCUACUAGAGGUCGGUUUGCUAGACUUGCUGUCACGGUGGAUUUGUCAAAAUCUUUGAAGUCUCGAAUUUGGGUUAACGGCAAGCCGUAUGACAUAGAGUACGAGUCCCUCCCUCUAAUUUGUUACGGUUGUCGCCGCUAUGGACACCUCAAAACUGACUGCCCAGAUUUGAGGGAGAUGGAGAAGGAAAAAACUGAUAAGGAUUCUCAUAUCGAUGAGGUGGCGACAGCAACCCCUGAGCCUCGUGAAAAAUUCGGUCCUUGGAUGGUGGUUCAGAGAUCUGGCUGGAAUAUGUCCGAUAAGGUUUCCGAUGUCAGAGAUGCAAAUCUAUUUUCAGCUAUUGCGACAAACAAGGAGGAUGAACGAGAAAUUAGCAAUGAUAUGGAUAAGUUUGGAGCUAAUCUCGACUCAAUUGCUGAGCUGUCACUAGAAGAGUUUCUUGCUAUUAAGGAAAAACGCUCUGUAAAUGUGGAGCCCAAUGUUAGCUCCAAACAGGCUAAUAAAAACAAAUGGGUUAAGGAAGUUGGCCCAAAUCCGACCAAAAGGCUUAGCAAAGCCCAAUUGGGUAAGGGAACUAAGGUGCACAAACUGGCCCUUCACCAAGCCUAA